AUUUGGGUGUGCGUACUCUGUACGUGCGUGCGUUUGUAAAUGAGUUUAGCGGCUGAUGUGACAAAAAAAAGUGACGAAAGAGUGUCAGUGAAUGUAGGAAAUCUGCAUUAUCCGGUAAUUGACAAUACGCAAUUUCACGAUUACGCGGAGCAAACAAGAUUCCUCCCAAUCUUGAGUAAAUAAGAAUGGAGAACGAGCAUCCUUAUGAGCUGAGAAGUAACAGCAGAUCGCGGUCACAAACUCCUCAAGUUUUGAGUCGGACCGUUGUCGAUCCUGAAGGGGCGGAUCAUCACUAUGAUCUCAGAAACAGAAGUCGGGAUCGAUCUCAAACUCCUGGGGAAGUCACGAGCAGCAGGAGGUCAAAUUCGCGAUCCUUACCCGCAAGUGCGAUUAAGAAUCGUGAAAGAAGCAUGGAAGCGAUAGCAGAGCGUGCAGAUGAAACCCUAGUACAAAAUGACCCUGAAAAUAAAAAAGAAACUCCGGAAAAUGCUACCGUGAAAAAGGUAGAACGUCGUUCGGAAAGACAGAGGGUCAAAAGACAGAUUUUUGCCAAUGGGCAAACUGAAUCGAAAGAAAAUGCGGCUAAUGCUAAGAUCGAGCGCAAGAGGAAAAGCCUAACUCCCCGGAGAGCAUUGACGAGUGACUAUUCGUCAGAGGACGGAGACCGAGAAGAUCCUCCAAGUAGACCCGGAUCUGCCUACGAAAUUUACAAAAAAGCUGGCGAAUGGUGGAAUGUCUUUCCUAAAACUGACUACACUUAUUCUCGGACGUCGCAAUGUCGUUACGAAAUAGCACCGGGUGUACUGGCUAUGCCUAAUAUGUCCAGGCGUUCUAUUCACUCCGAUUGCAGUAGCACACACGGCAGUUCAAUUUCAAAUAGUCAACAAAGUUUGAAUCAAGACAGUGUGGAAAAUAACGGUGAGGAUAUAACGACGGAUAUGGGAUCAAUGAAACACGAUAACAGGACCAUGGAGGAUACUUCUCACCUGCUUCACCGCGCUCGCACCUUAGACUCGGCGGGAAGAUCCGUAGUCUACAAAACAACGCAAAUUGAGCAAUACAGGACUCACCGUGAAGUAAUCUAUGAUUCUAACAACUUAUCACCUAUCGAAACUCAAAAGGAGAGCAGGUACAAAUGGAAUAGUCCUGUGUCCUCUCGCAAGUACGGGUACAUGAAUCAUCAGGCGGAUUCCGACACAGAAUUGGACGAAGCAAUUACUAGGUCGACGUCGGUGAGCCGCAAAUGGAGAUUGAGAAUUUCGGAGACAUCGUCGAAAAUUUUUUCGAUUGUCACGACCCUCUUUUAUGGACUUGUAUCAAUUAUUAGUCUCGGGAUGUUCAGAAAGCAGACAACUUUUACUAGUCAUGACUAUCGACAUUACCAUGAAUCCAGAUGGAGUCGGUUUUGGAAAUCUGUUGACCGUGUUUUGCAGUAUAUUUAUUUAUUGUUCGUUAAGGUUUUGUUCUUAGACUCGUGGUUGUUGAGUCGAGCGUCAAAUGUCAGAAGACGCGUGCAAGGACGACGUAAAAAAGUUCUCUGGCUCAUUUUUUUGCCCCUUCUUCUCGCAGCCGGAUUCUGGUUUCUACCUCGCCUGUUGUCCACUCUGCCAUAUCUCGUGAGACAAUCGGAAAAUGUGCCCUCUUCCCUGAAUGAUGUGAGCUUGAAGAGGGAAUAUGUUGUUCAUCAUAAUUCGAGGGAUGAGGAGUUGAGGUCGAUCGUUAAAAUCCUGGCUGAUAAGGUUGAGAAAUUGGAAAAUGGAGGCCUUUCGCAAAAUUUGAAUGGGGAACAUUUGGAAAACGUGACUCGAGUCAUUGAAGAUCUGAAGAGGAACGAUGAAAGUAUCUGGAAUGAAUACGAUAAAAAGUUGCUAAAAUUGGAGGAAUUUCUACGUCAGGAUAUAGAUAAGAAAAAUCACGAGACAAUUAGUGCCAUGAAAGUGGAGUUUCAAGCUCUCCGAGAGAGUUAUUUGCAGCUUAAAUCUUGCUGCGAUUCGAACGCUUGUUUAUCAUCUGACGAGGAAAUUGAAAUUCAGGUUGACCGAGUCCUCGCUGGAUAUUUUGGCAGCUCUGCCUCAAAAGAGGAACUCUCGAAAGUGAUUCAAAGUUUACUAAUUAUGCACGACAAUGCAGAAAUUCCAAAAGAAAGUCUUCCAGUUGUAGAAACAGUCAAAGGCGAUGUGUCUCUCGAAGAUAUGAGAAAAAUAGUCAAAGAGAUUCUGAAGAUAUACGAUGCGGACAAAACGGGAAGAGUCGACUACGCUUUGGAAUCUGCAGGUGGACAAGUAAUCAGUACUCGUUGUACCCAAAGAUAUGAUGUUAAAACGAGAGCCUACAAGCUUCUCGGUUUAACUUUGUAUUAUGAAAGUAACAAUCCUAGAACUGUGAUACAGGGAAAUAAUUUGCAGCCGGGCACAUGCUGGGCCUUUCAAGAUUUUCCCGGAUAUUUAUUAGUCAAGUUGCGCAGUUUUAUUUAUGUUACUGGAUUUACUUUGGAACAUGCUCCCAAAUCAAUUUUACCCAAUGGAGAUAUGAGAAGUGCCCCGAGAAAGUUCAACGUUUGGGGCCUGAAGGACGAAAAUGAUCCCGAGCCUGUUUUGUUUGGAGACUACGAGUUCGUUGAUUCUGAAGAGAGUUUGCAAUACUUCCCUGUCCAAAAUACUUCGAUAAAAACAUCCUACGAAUUUGUGGAAUUGCGGAUACACAGCAAUCACGGUCAACUAGAGUACACCUGUUUGUACAGAUUUCGAGUUCACGGUCGACUAAUAUGAAAGCGUAACUUAAAAAAAUGUCGUGAGCAAAGUUCCAUUAUUCUUGAGGAUGAUGAAAACGCGCAUCUUCACUCCUUUAUCCCAUCGUGCCUUCAGCUGCGUCAUCAUCAUCAUCAUCAUCAUCAUCAUCCUCGAUAUUAUUUAAAACCAGAUGGAAUUAAAAUCGCACAGAUUUUUUCGUGAGCGCAUACAAUUUUCAAAAAUUCGACGUGCUAUCUGUGUGUGAGUGAUGUACAUAAGAAAGACAGACGACUUCAGGGGCUAGGCAUAUACAAUGCGUAGUGUAAAAAUGUAUUUUUGUAAAUGAAUUCCACCCGGGAUUGUUCUUGCGACAGCAGAUGCGUGAGACUGAAUUUCCAAAUAGUUACCCGAAGCUAAGGAUUCACAAAUUUAAUUAAUCAUUUAAGAUCGAUACCGACGAGACAGUACAAAUUGUAAAAAAAAAAGCAAACAAACAAAACAAAUCGUUAAUUAAUAGACGUAAGUAUUCUCUCUUCGCGCACAUGUUGCAAGGCAUUGGAUGGGGCCGAAGAUGUAAGACCAUUUUCAUUCUUAUUAUUAUUCGAGUGACUUAUUUAUUUAGUUUAGUUUUGGACAGUCCUUAGAAUUUAUAUGAUAUUUUUUCGAAAGAUAUUUAAUUCUUGAUCAGAAAUUUAGUUUAUCAGUAUUUUUCAAAGUUCAGUUAAUUUAUAUAUUUAAAUUUCGGUUCUAGUCUACGUGAUGCCUUGACUCGUGCCACGAGAGUAGUAUAGCUGAGCUUCUACGACGGCAGUUACCGACCGAGCAGAUAAUUACCGACAGCAGGUAAUUACCGACCGCGGAUAAUUACCAUCGGUUGGUAAAUGUCGCAGGAGCCGCACAGCUAUACUACUCACGAGAUCAAAAUAAAAUAAAACACGCUUUUAUAAAUAAUUACUGAUAAGUAAUAUAUAGAUAGAUAUAUACGAGCGGAAAAUACGCACUCCAGUGACACCGUAAUGGUCUUAAGUUCUGGACAAAAGCGACUUACGAUAAAUAUUUUUUUUUUUUUAUAAUUGGCGAGUCGCAGACAAUUUGUCGUGAGUUGAUCUUUGCAGAGAUCGUUUGUCUAUUGGUCGAACAUAUUCCACUGAUUUUCUUUGGUCGAAAAGAGUUAGCAUUAACCAAAUAUUUCUCGCGUUGCACAAAAUCCAUUUGAGUAGCAAUCAUGUCAUUUGCAAAUGCUGCAAGAAGCACUUAUUCGAACUGUGAAAAAAAAAAGAGUUGAGAAUAAUGCCUCUUUGAGAAACCAUAUCUUUAUAGUGAGAUUUUGCAUAAUCAACGUUUUUUUGUAAAGACUGUAGACUGAUUAAUUUUUACUGAUUUUAACUGCAAAAGCACAAAUGGCUUUGGCACAUUAUACUUAAACGCUGAGUGAAAAUUAUUGACGAGAUGUCGAAAGACUUUGUUAAUGAUCGAAAAAGAUUUGAGUACAAUAAGAGUGGAAAGCUUAGGUUUUUUUAUGUGUGUCAUACUAUUUGUAAUGUAAGCAUUAUUACGCGCAUGAAAAUCGUAGAACUUUAAAAUUUGUGAAUAAAAAGUUCGAGAAAUCAAAA